AUGGCAUCCUUGUCUACCAAGGACGGUCAACUCAUCAAGUCUGGACCGAUGGUCGGAGGAGAGAUCAGUGUCAAAGACUUGCCGCCUGGCGAAUAUUGUGUCAAAGUCUGGGACCCCAAAAACAUGUAUGUGACUGGUCCAGUGGGCACCACCAAGCAACUGUACAAGAGCAACCAGUUUGUGGACAACCAGCUGUGCUUCAACACAAACACAUUCGGCAAUGUCCGAGGUAUGGAUAUACGAGCUGGUAUGGUCAAGGCCCCAAGAUACAACCCUACCCUAGGAUAG